UAGCAAAACCCGUUUGGCAACGUUCAACAACAGAGAUGAUCCUGAACGCAGCUUGGAGUAAGCCGCUCGUCGCGGGAGAACACAACGAUAUGAAAUACUACAAAAUAGCACCGGUAAGAUUUGAAUUAAAAUGUGCCACGGCUCAGGUUCUCAAAACGUUCCCCAUCAGUGUGUCGUCACAUCAGGCUACAGAAAUGGACAAGUUUCUGCUUGGGAGACAGAAUAAACAUCUGUGCAACAAUGAUGUCCCACGAAGAAGUCCCAGGUAAAAUAAGACAAAGAUGGAGGAACAUGAGGGCGUAGAGGAGGAGGAAAAGGACCCGUCUUUUGAAGAGUUCUCUCAUCCUAUUCCUUGGCAAAAAAUAGAAGCAGAGGGACUGGACUGUGAUUAUGCGUUGCUCUUCUUGAAAGGAGAGGCAGAUAACCUUUUCAGACAGCUGGAGGAGGAGGUGGUGUACUCAACAGGAGAGGAAGCAAAGGUCCAAGUGUUUGGAAAGGUGUACAACAUACCGAGGAAACAGGCGACCUAUGGGAACGCAGGCCUCACCUACACUUACUCCGGAGUGAGGCGUCUGGCUUCCCCCUGGACUCCGACCUUGGAGUACAUCCGAAACGCGGUCACAGGCGCAACCGGACAGAAGUUCAACUUCGUCUUGAUCAACAGGUACAAAGAUGGACAAGAUCACAUGGGGGAGCAUCGGGACGACGAGAAGGAGCUGGACCCUUCCUGUCCCAUCGCCUCCGUCUCUCUGGGAGCAGCUCGAGACUUUGUCUUUAGACACAGAGAUGCUCGAGGGAAGCGGAGCAGCCGACAGAUCGAUCCCGUGAAGCUGGAGCUGGCUCACGGAAGCCUGCUCCUCAUGAACCCUCCCACCAAUACCUUCUGGUACCACAGCCUUCCGGUUCGGAAGAAGGUCCUCUCACCUCGCAUUAAUCUCACCUUUAGACGCAUCUUGGAGGACGUCACUAAACAGUCAAAGAGGAACAUUAACAGCAAAAACCCAGAUUAAAGAUCGCAUUUUUAAGAAAUACUUCUCAGGUCAAAGUUUUUCUGAAGAAAUAGUAAAUAAAGAUUUACUUAUUUCUUCCAAUAAAUCUGUUUAACUUACUUUAGACAUUGCCUGUUUCCUAUAAAGAAACAGGUCAUGUUUUGGGUUUUUUUUUUCCAAUUUGUUUUAAAUCAAGAUUUUAUCAAGAAGAAAUCCUCCACAUGCCUAUGCUUGUGCUGGCAUCACAAAAGGCAGAUCUGAGUUGGUUUUUUUUGUUUCGUUUUUUUAUGCCAAGCAAAUAUGUGAAUAACUGGUGUUAACUAAUAUCAGCUGACCAGCUUGAGUUGUGUCUGCCUUGUGAUAUGAGACAAAAUUUACAGAAAGCUGACUUUUUUUUUCUGUGCACUCUAGAAAUUAACUGGGGAAAUCUGUACUUUUCUGCCCAGCUGUGGUUUUAGUGUCAUGAUACAUUUGUCAGUGAAAAAAAUGCAUGU